AUGGUUCUUGCUGCUCGGUGCGGGCAGGCUACGUCCUCCCUCCUGCGUCAACGAUGUCUCGCUGAGACCCGUCGCUCUGCACUGGCAUUGCGGUCUUUCACGUCCCCGAGCACCACCCGUUCCACAGCAUCGGCACUUCGAUUGCAACAGAAGACUCCUUCGCCAUGGCGGUCGCAGCAGUUGCGCAACUUCUCCAGCGCGCUCUGCCGUCUAGCUGCCGAGUCGUCCUCUGUCGGCGACAGUCUAUUCUCUAGCGGAAUUGUCAACCCUGGUGCUAACUUGGUUGACGUCAAGAAGGUGCUGGUUAUCGGUAGUGGUGGUCUGAGCAUUGGCCAGGCUGGAGAGUUCGAUUACUCUGGUUCCCAGGCCCUCAAAGCUCUCAAGGAAGCCGGUGUGCAGUCGGUUUUGAUCAACCCCAACAUUGCUACGAUUCAGACAGACCACAAGCUUGCUGAUGAAGUUUACUACCUCCCCGUCACGCCGGAGUACGUAACAUACGUUAUCGAAAGGGAGCGCCCUGACGGUAUCUUCCUUUCCUUCGGUGGGCAGACCGCCCUGAACCUCGGUGUGCAAAUGAACCGCAUGGGCACCUUUGAGCGCUACGGUGUGCGUGUCCUUGGAACCAGCAUCAAGACCCUGGAGACCAGUGAAGACCGUGACCUGUUCGCCAAGGCCCUAAAUGAAAUCAACAUUCCUAUUGCCGAGUCUAUCGCCGUUGGCACCGUUGAUGAGGCUCUGAAGGCUGCUGAUGAGGUUGGCUAUCCCAUCAUCGUCCGUUCGGCCUACGCUCUCGGUGGUCUCGGUUCCGGCUUUGCGAACAACCCCGAGGAGUUGAAGAACUUGGCCUCACGUUCCUUGACUCUCUCCCCCCAGAUUUUGGUUGAGAAGUCUCUUCGUGGCUGGAAGGAGGUCGAGUACGAAGUCGUCCGUGAUGCUUCCAACAACUGCAUUACUGUCUGUAACAUGGAGAACUUCGAUCCCCUGGGAAUCCACACUGGUGACAGUAUCGUCGUUGCGCCGAGUCAGACUCUGUCCGAUGAGGAGUACCAUAUGCUCCGUACCGCCGCCAUCAAAAUUGUCCGCCAUCUUGGUGUUGUUGGUGAAUGUAACGUCCAGUACGCUCUGCAACCUGAUGGACUCGACUACCGUGUCAUUGAAGUCAACGCUCGUCUUUCCCGCUCCUCGGCUCUUGCCUCCAAGGCCACCGGUUACCCUCUUGCCUAUACCGCUGCGAAGAUCGGUCUGGGACACACUUUGCCUGAGCUCCCCAACGCUGUUACCAAGACCACAACCGCAAACUUCGAGCCCAGCUUGGACUACAUCGUUACCAAGAUUCCUCGUUGGGACCUGAGCAAGUUCCAGCACGUUAACCGUGAUAUUGGCAGUGCUAUGAAGUCCGUUGGUGAGGUCAUGGCUAUCGGCCGUACCUUCGAGGAAUCGUUCCAGAAGGCUAUCCGCCAGGUCGAUCCUCGCUUCGUUGGAUUCCAGGGUGACAAGUUCGAGAACCUGGAUGAGGUCUUGAAGAACCCUACCGACCGCCGCUGGUUGGCUGUCGGCCAGGCUAUGCUUCACGAAAACUACUCUGUGGACAAGGUUCACGAGCUGACCAAGAUCGAUAAGUGGUUCUUGUACAAGCUCCAGAACAUCGUUGACAACCACAACGAACUCAAGGAAAUUGGCAGCCUCUUCGGUGUCAACAAGGAGCUGAUGCUGAAGUCCAAGAAGCUUGGUUUCUCUGACAAGCAGAUUGCUCAGCUCGUUGGUGCGUCUGAAGAUGAUGUCCGUGCCCGCAGGAAGGGGUUUGGCAUCAGACCUUGGGUGAAGAAGAUUGAUACACUGGCUGCUGAGUUCCCUGCUGACACCAAUUAUCUCUACACCACGUACAACGCUACUUCCCACGAUGUUACCUUUGAUGACCAUGGAACCAUCAUUCUUGGAAGCGGCGUGUACCGUAUUGGUAGCUCUGUCGAAUUUGACUGGUGUGCCGUCAACGCCACUCUUUCUCUCAGGAACAUGGGCAAGAAGACUGUUAUGAUUAAUUACAACCCUGAAACCUACUCCACCGACUUCGACACUGCUGACAAGCUGUACUUUGAAGAACUCAGCUACGAGCGUGUCAUGGAUAUCUAUGAGCUCGAGAGCGCCAGCGGGGUGGUUGUCUCCGUCGGUGGCCAGCUUCCUCAGAACAUCGCCCUCCGGCUACAGGAAACCGGCGGUGCCAAUGUCCUCGGUACUAACCCCAAGGACAUUGACAACGCUGAGGAUCGCCACAAGUUCUCUCAGAUCCUGGACAGCAUUGGUGUUGAUCAGCCUGCUUGGAAGGAGCUCACCUCUGUUGCUGAGGCUGAGCGCUUCGCUGAGGCUGUUGGCUACCCUGUGUUGGUUCGUCCCAGUUACGUCCUCUCCGGUGCUGCCAUGAGUGUUAUCCACAGCCAGGAUGAGCUGAAGGAGAAGCUCCUGAACGCCAGUGCCGUUUCUCCCGAUCACCCUGUUGUUAUCACCAAGUUCAUUGAAGGUGCCCAGGAAAUUGAUGUUGAUGCCGUUGCCUCCAAUGGAAAGCUUCUUCUGCACGCCAUCAGUGAACACGUUGAGCCUGCCGGUGUCCAUUCUGGUGACGCCACCCUUGUCCUUCCCCCCGCUUCCCUGGAGAAGCCCGUGAUGAGCCGUGUUAAGGAAAUCGCUGAGAAGGUUGCCAAAGCAUGGAACAUCACCGGUCCCUUCAACAUGCAGAUCAUCAAGGCCGACCAGGAGGGUGCCGAGCCCCAGCUCAAGGUCAUUGAGUGCAACCUCCGUGCUUCUCGCUCUUUCCCCUUCGUCAGCAAGGUUCUUGGAACCAACUUCAUUGACGUCGCUACCAAGGCCCUUGUUGGCCGUGAUGUCCCUGAGCCUGUCGACCUUAUGGAAGUCAAGCGUGACUACCUUGCCACUAAGGUUCCUCAAUUCUCUUGGACCCGUCUCGCUGGUGCUGAUCCUUUCCUCGGCGUCGAGAUGGCCAGUACUGGAGAAAUCGCUUGCUUUGGUAAGGACGUUGUUGAGGCCUACUGGGCUUCCCUGCAGUCCACCAUGAACUUCCGCGUGCCUGAGCCUGGUGAGGGUAUCCUGCUGGGCGGUGAUAUCACCAACCCUGCUCUGGCCCAGAUUGUUGACCUCCUCCACCCUCUGGGCUUCAAAUUCUUCGCUGCCAGUCCUGAAGUUAAGGCUCACAUCGAGUCUGCAACCAAGGAGCACACCCCUGUCCAGGUGAUCGAGUUUCCCAAGAAGGACAAGCGUGCCCUUCGUGAGGUCUUCCAGAAGUACGACAUCCGGGGCUGCUUCAACCUUGCCAAGACUCGCGGCAAGACCCUUCUCGACGAGGACUAUGUUAUGCGCCGAAACGCAGUCGACUUUGGUGUCCCUCUCUUCAUGGAAACCAAGACUGCCCAACUAUUCGCUCAAGCCAUGAACCAGAAGCUCCCUCGUCCUGAGGGCAUUCCCUCCGAAGUCCGGACCUGGUCCAACUUCGUUGGCGGCAAGCUUCUGUAAACGCAAAAGAUUAAAAGUUUCUGGAUACGAUAACCUCUUGGUGUUAUACUGUGUUCAUUUUUUUUCCAGACACGAACGCCGUGCCGGUCGGCGUAGCAGAUGGAACACCACCUCUUGAUAGACCAUUUCUCCCGUAGCCUUGCUAAUUGGCUACCUGUUUCUUCUCCUACAGAACGAAGGACCCGCGCUGCGGUGUGACGACUCGCUAUCGCUCUCGCGGCCUUUGAUAUCUUAUUAGUUGCUUAUACUCUGCUGGUUUCUACAGGCAGGUUGUGCGUGAGCGAGAAAAGAUUUUGAACUGGAUAUUACGACUGAUUUGAAUUGUUUGCAGCAUUGGCAGUGUAUGUUUUAAUUGUAGUAUAGUGGUUAUAUCCU